AUGUGGGAUGUCGUCUGGACAGACCCCAACACAGAACUGGUGGGAGAGCACAAAUCGCGAAAGGAGAAAGAGGAGAUGCUCAGGAAAGACGAUAAAGGCCAGCCAAGACGCCGUUCGGCAUCCACAGCCAGCUCGCGCUGGUCAACUGACUCCCCGUUUGCCAUCUUCCGCACCAGAGGCUCCAGGAGAGCAAACGCGUCUUCUUCUAACCCGGAAAUGGCAUCGUCUACCUCAUCUGGAGUUGCGUCCCCGGCCAUAGCCUCUUCUGAUCGCUCACCGAUGUCAAAGACAUUUGACGAGGGGAGUCGUCGAAGCUCCAGCCGCAUGUCCACCAGUUUCCUAGAGAGAUUCGCCAACUUCGAAAGUCCGUUGAACACCAGUCCAUUGAUCUCCGAGAAGAGCGGCGACGUAGGCAGAAGGCUAUUUUGCAACCCUGAAACCGAAGACAUCCCUUCCUCGCCAUCGGUAAUCAAACGCUUCUCAAGCGCUGGCUCGGCAUCCGAUGAUUUGACCGAGUCUGAGAAGAUGAAAAGUCUGGUGCAGAUAUUCCGGCGAAGUCCAUCGGCAGUCGAGCCAGUUGGCAACUGCCUGCUGCCGUCUGCGGGUGAUACAGCCGCUCCUGACACUUUGGAAUUUGGAGAGAAAUCUCCAUCUUCACCUUCAUCGCCCACAGCCAAACCAAAACUUUGCCUAACAGCUAUGCAGAUUCCGCAGGUGGGCUCCAAGCUUGCCUCAGGGGAUAAUAGCAUGAAGCCACGUAUUACACCAAAUAAUGCCGAAGCUUGGAAGCCGGUGGAUGAAUGGGAGCCUCUCCCUCUCCUGCGAGGAUCGCCCGAGCUCACCUCUUCGGAUUUCCUUGUUGACGCCGACUACUUUGAACAUAGCCGUGGAAUACAUAACGAUUUUCGUUUACUACACGCAGCAGUUGUUAGCAUGGCAAAGAAGAGUGCGGCGGAAAUUCUAGUUAUACUAGAGACGUUAUGGAAGAAGGUCGCAGAGAAAGAUGUCGCUGACCUUCUGGCAGACAGCCCUGUAGCUGAGAGUCUGCGCAGAUGGAUGCUUUCGACUAUGAUCCACAUGGACCAAAUUCCGACCCCAGAAAAUCGAAUGUUACCUCGUAAGGAGUGCCUCCUGACAGCUCGCAUGGUUGUGUGUCUCUAUGAUUCAGCAGCUACUGUCGCCUAUCUCGCUGCACUUGAACCCUCGAAACAACACGACCAUAUCUCGCUUAUGCCGACGCUGAAAGAAGAUUUGUUUAACAACGUUCGGAUAAUUUCGGUUCCCAGAGUCUCGCCUACAGAAUUUCCAAUAGCGCCCCGGAUUUAUGAAUCGGUUCAUUCAUUGACGCUUCCUUCUUUGUGUCCCUUGCCCCUGCUACCUGGGAUACUCAAUAAUGUCUACAAAUGCUUAAAUAAAAAAGGCUUCAUUCGGCUGAUACUUAUUGAUCCACUGCCUCGAGCUGCUACCUUGGGCACAAAGAUGAGAACAUGGAUAGAGGAGAAUCUACUUCGGAACCUAGCAAAACAAGGAAAAUGUAUGAGCCCCAGCACGGUCUUUCCGCAUCUACUCGCUCAGGCUUGUCUCCGUGGCGAUGGAAGCAUCCUUACGACUACAAGGUUUUACGCCAUGCCGGGUAGCGCAAUAAGCAGAGAUCAAGAUGCAGCUAAAGGCUCAGUGCAAAUGGAGAAUGAGGACAAGGCGCAGGUUAGAAGUCUAGUCGGGCGUAUGCUUUGGGUGGAGGUAUGGGGCUCAUAUGUGACUUGUAAUAGAUGGUGGUGGGAUGACCCGGAAUGCGUCGCCGAGUGUCUCGAGCUGGGUACACUAUGGGAAUACCAUGCCGUCAAAGGGGUCAAGGAACUGAAGACGGCGUAG